GACCGCUGGGAACUCUGGGAAGAAGAAAGGGGGAAGGUCACCAGUGCGUGUUGAGUUAGUGGAUUUCUCAACAUUUUAGUCAAAACUAAACGACCAUUUUUUUCUGUUCCUGAUUAACUGAAGUCAAUAACUUCACAUUACGGAAAGAAGAUCUGUCGUCCGGAGCACGAAAAUCUCCCGCUGACUAUUAAAAAUGGGCACCAGAGUAUAUAUUGGCAGACUAUCUAAUUACGCACGAGAAAAGGACGUUGAGCGUUUCUUCAGAAACAAUGGAAGAAUCCGAGAUGUUAUGUUGAAAAAUGGUUAUGGCUUCGUGGAAUUUGAAGACUACAGAGAUGCUGAUGACGCUGUUUAUGAAUUGAAUGGCAAAGAAUUGUGUGGUGAAAGGUGUAUUGUUGAGCAUGCUAGAGGAGCAAGAGGGGAUUCCUUCAGAGAUUGGGACCGUGGGUAUGCCCCACGUCGAAGGGGUGGCAGAGACAGUCGGUAUGGGCCGCCUACACAUACAGAGUACAGGUUGAUCAUUGAGAAUCUUUCAUCAAGGGUUAGCUGGCAGGACCUUAAGGACUACAUGCGCCAAGCAGGUGAAGUUACAUAUGCAGACGCACACAAGAGACACAAGAAUGAAGGAGUAGUGGAGUUUGCUACAUACUCGGACAUGAAGAAUGCUGUUGAUAAGCUAGACAGAACUGAAAUCAAUGGAAGGAAGAUUCGAGUAUUGGAAGAUAAACCCAAGAAGCGUGGCCGUUCAUACUCCAGAAGUCGUAGCAGGAGCCGAUCCCGUUCCAGAUCUCGAAGAAGCCGGUCAAGAAGUCGCUCCAGGAGUCGCAGCAGAAGUCGCCGCCGCAGCAGGAGUGCUAGUCACAGCAGAUCAAGGAGUAGGAGUGAAUCCCGUUCAAAGAAGGUUGGCAAGGAUACUCGCAAUUCUGCUAGUCCAAACAAGGGCAGGUCCAAGUCACGUUCCAAGUCCAGAUCCAAGUCACGUUCCAGGUCCAAGUCCCGUUCUAGGUCAAGGACCCCAGACAAAAGGGAUGCAUCACCAACCAGUGAUGGAGAUGACCGAAAAGAUUUAGACAAGGAUGCUUGAUCUAUAUCGAUGACUAAAUCUGCUAGUAUGAACUGUGAUCACAUUAAUGUGAAUGGAUUGUAAAUAAUCAGAAUUGUAUUUGACAAUUGUGCGGACAGCUAUAUUCAUCAAGAGUAUCACCACUGUUUUGGGAUUGUAAUUAACGAGUGUUUGGAAGAAACUUAAUGCAUUUAGCUAGCCAAGGCUUGCUAAAUACAAUGUUUAUACCUGAUACAUGAUAUUUACAAUUAGAACACAUACAAGUGACAUAAUCUCUGUCAUAUGUCAUUCCUAAAUUCUUUCAUCGAAAAACUUGUUCUCGUCUCACCAUCAUUAAAAGUUGCCCUCUAAUGUGCACAUUUUAUUAUUGUCAUUAAGUCUGGGAUUUGUCAUAUGUCAGUCCUAAAUUCUUUCAUUGAAAAGCUUCUUCUCGUCUCUCAAUAACAUUACAAAAUUUCCUGGAAUAUGUACAUUCAUAUAUAGUGUCUUAAAGUCUGCGAUUUGUAAGGGGGGACCAAUCCUCAAAGUGGAAAGCAGUUUAUCUCCAGUUGAAACCUAUUUCUUAGUAGUGUGACUGCAUACAGACAAAAUAACAGUUGUCUACAUUUACUGUUUCUACAUGCUGUCAUAGCAAUCAUUGGUCUGACCUCUAGAGUACCUGCUUUUUAUCAAAGAGAAGCUACUCUAAACCUAGUCUAUCAGGUGUCAUGCUUGUUGAGUCUGUAUUUCCUAUCAUUACUUGUAGAAAUGCAAUGUCAGAUGUACAUAGAACCAAUUUGGACACAUUUCUUCCAAAUCCAACUGUUGUUAAAUAGGGAGAACUGCUCAAGCGCCAGAGUCUGAUAAUUUUAAAUGAUUCUGCUUGGCUAGUGUCUUUAAUAUUUAAUUUUUUUGACAGUGUAAAUCUCAAGUCUUGCCCAAAUUUGCAAAAAUUAAUCGGUCACAUUCCAGUUUCAAUAUCUUAUACUGUUUCAAUCAGUUGUCCUGGAAGUUUUCCAAGAUUCACAAUCGUUAAUCGUCUAUCAUUGAUUUCAUUUGAUUCAUCUGAAGGAGUACCCACCUAACAUUGCAUAUUUGUAUCUUUAUAUAUAUUUUCCCAAAGUGUAAGGUUUGUAUUGGUAGGCUUAUUCCUGCAGAGAAACCUGCCCAUUAUAUGAUAAAUUUGAUUUCAACAUUUAACCAUUUUUGACAGACAAGUGACAUUUCUUUUCCUGGCAUUCAUGAUCAACCUUCUAUUGUGCAAGUGAACUGUUGUUAUCAAUAAAUCUAUCUCAUGUUUUAUCUUUGACAUUCACAUUUUGUAUUCCGAUACAAAAUUAUGCCAUUUCAAACAAUCUUCCUUAGUGGCACUGGGGUGUGAAGACAGUGCUGUUGGUGUGAUUGUGUAGCUUUAACACUGACCAAAUCAUCUGCUUAUUUCAUACAAGUAUGUAAUUAUUGCAGAGUGUUUUAAUAUCUGUAACAUUGGUUCAUAUCACUUUUACUUCAUGUGUUUUGUUGAUGUAUUUUUAUGUAUAGGUAUUAAAGUAUGAAAGUUGAAA